CACAAUACUGGCUCGUCGUAAGACAGGUGCUAGCCUUGCUAACUGAAAUCCAGUGGAAUUCAUUUGCUUAUUUGUAGAAUAGAUAUGAUAGAUUUACGUUUUCUUAACUCGUGCUAUUAUGCUGUAUUUUAAAGCCACACAGUACUGUCAUUGUUUCAAACGCGUUCGUUGUUUAUGAUCAAGUUAGUGGACUUCGCACUGUUGCACACUAUUUGUUCUUUGGAUGAGUGGUUAAAGAUUACAGUUAGUCAACCUGUUCUGUUCUCAAUAGAAGUUAGAACUUGUUCCACGACGAAUCUAGCACAAAUUCAUGCAAAGUUAGGUUAAAGUUGUGAUCAACAUAAAAAUGGCAACUCGUUCAGUGCUGAAAGAAGCCAGCAGUCAGCCGCACUUCAUACAGUUCAACAACCUCGCAUGUGAAACAGCUGGAGGAAAGGUAAUUUUUGCCACAGAUGAGUGGUUUGCCCCUGCUAGAAAUCUUUUGAAGAGGGAACCUCCUGAAUUCAUUGCUACAGCGUUUACUGAAUUUGGCAAAUUGAUGGAUGGCUGGGAAACCAGGAGGAAAAGAAUAGCAGGUCACGACUGGUGCGUGGUGCAGUUAGGAGUUCCUGGAAUUAUUCAUGGCUUUGAUGUUGACACGUCCUUCUUCACUGGAAACUUCGCGCCGUACGUCUCCGUUCAAGCCGCAUGUCUCGAUCAGACACCGUGUUUCAUUCCGGAAGGAGAUCGUACAGGAACGGCUGCUUCCCAAAGCCAGUUUGAAGCUGUUGCACAGCUUAAGUCGGACAGCUGGGAGGAGCUUGUACCAAUGACAGCACUGAAGCCGGGGUACUCUGAUUCAUGCCACAACUACUUCAGCGUCACUUUCGCACACAGAGUCACCCAUAUCCGUCUUAACAUAUAUCCAGAUGGUGGUGUAGCAAGGCUGAAAGUUUAUGGCAUUGGAAACAAGGACUGGUCUACUGUACCUAGUAAAGACCAUGUAGAUCUGGUUGCCCUGGUCAAUGGAGGAGUAUGUGUAGGCUACAGUGAUGCCCACUACGGUCACCCGCGCAAUAUGAUUGGUCUGGGGAGGGCUGACAACAUGGGUGAUGGGUGGGAGACAGCCAGACGCCUGGAUCGGCCCAAAAUUUUACAAGUGGAUGAGAAAGGCAUAUUACAAGUGCCAGGUUCCGAGUGGGCUAUUUUCAGACUAGGACAUCCUGGAGUAAUAAGCAAAAUUGAACUAGACACCAACCAUUUUAAAGGAAACUUCCCAGAUUCUUGCAGAAUUGAAGCUUGCAGUUUGACUCCAGAUGAGGAGAAGAAAUGUAUUCAUAGCCAGUGGCAAAGUUGCCCCAAGUGGCAAAUUCUUCUUCCUCCUCAGAAAAUGAAGCCACACCACAGGCAUUAUUUUUCUGAAGAGUCUGUGGUACGAUGUGGGCCCGUGACUCAUGUUCGUCUGGUCAUAGCUCCUGAUGGAGGGGUCAGCCGUCUCCGACUCUGGGGUCAACCGGUGUCUAACACCUUGAUCUGCCCUCGACAAACAUCCAAACUGUAACGCAACAUGCGUUCCUAAAAAUUAAGGUGCUUAAAAGGCACUCUUCACAGCGUUGCCAUAGAAGAAACAGUUUUGGUCCUCGAAGAACUAUUCGGUCAGUUUCUUUAAAGCUACAUUUCUCUCUUACCUUUUUAUAAUCUGAAGAACCUUUUUUAUCACAAAGAACCUUUUGUGAAACAGAAAUGUUCAGAUGUUAAAGGUUCUUUAUAGACAGUUUCAGCAGCGAAACAUAAACAAACAGCUUUCGUGCCACAAACUUAACUUCCGGUAGACCUCCUCAUAGAAUCAGUCCUUCUAGAGUAGAUUUUUAAUAACAAGCAAAAUAAAUAAUCAUUAAAGGGGUCAUAUUGUAAGAUUUUUUAAAGAUGUAAAAUAAAUGUUUGGUGUCCCCAGAGUGCGUAUGUGAAGUUUGAGC